GUACUCCCUAGCCCAGUCCUCCUCCUGUGCCAGUCACGCUUGUUCUUCUCUCGUCACACUCAUUCUACAUUCGUCAUCCUCCACUUGUCCCACUCUUCUACCCGUCACAUUGCUUCUGCACCCGUCUCCUGCACCUGUCUCCUGCACCCGUCUCCUGCACCCGUCUCCUGCACCUGUCUCCUGCACCCGUCUCCUGCACCUGUCUCCUGCACCCGUCUCCUGCACCUGUCUCCUGCACCCGUCUCCUGCACCCGUCUCCUGCACCCGUCUCCUGUACCCGUCUCCUGCACCUGUCUCCUGCACCCGUCUCCUGCACCUGUCUCCUGCACCCGUCUCCUGCACCCGUCUCCUGUACCCGUCUCCUGCACCUGUCUCCUGCAUCCGUCUCCUGCACCCGUCUCCUGUACCCGUCUCCUGUACCCGUCUCCUGCACCUGUCUUCUGCACCUGUCUCCUGCACCGUCUCCUGCCCCGUCUCCUACCCCGUCUCCUGCACCCGUCUCCUGCACCCGUCUCCUGCACCCGUCUCCUGCACCCGUCUCCUGCACCUGUCUCCUGCACCCGUCUCCUGCACCCGUCUCCUGUACCCGUCUCCUGCACCUGUCUCCUGCACCCGUCUCAUGCACCCGUCUCCUGCACCCGUCUCCUGCACCCGUCUCCUGCACCCGUCUCCUGCACCCGUCUCCUGCACCCGUCUCCUGCACCCGUCUCCUGCACCCGUUACCUUCUGA